UAUAAUUACUACUAUAAAUGAAAUCAUACUUAAAUAAGUAGUAUUCAACUAAAAUUUCAGAUGGUUUUAUACCUAAAAUUCCCUUUAUAAGUUAUUAUGAUAAAGUUCCAAUUCUAUCAGCAUACUAUUUAUAUAUUGAAGAAGAAAGAUGGAAAGCAGUAAGAGAUCAAUCUGAUCUAACUAUACAUGAAAUAGCUAAAUAAGCAUAGUAAUAUUAUAAAUUUAUUUUUAGUAAUAAUUGGCAUUAACAUCUAACAGAAGAACAGAAAAAUGUGUUUUAAGAAAAGGCAAAAUAAAUAAAAAGUGAAUCAGAUGCAAAAGAGUAUAUGAAAAUGUUAGAAUAAACAUAUACAAGCAAAAAGAAAAUAAAGAAGAUUAAAUAAAAACCUUAACCAAAAAAGAAAAUAAAAACUUGA